AUAAAUCAUCACGGUUCUUCAGAAAACAAAGGAAAUUUCUUAUAAAAUUUGUGAAAAAAAAAAAAAAACCUUUAUCCUAACCUUGUGGAAGGAAUAUUCUUUAAAAUUUUUGUGAGGAGAAUUUCUGUAGAGCUCUGCUGAUUUGGGAGGAAAUUGCCAUCCGCUUGAUUGUUUUCAUUUUCGAGAUUAAUUUUAAAUCCCUGCAAAACCCUUUUCUUAAUUUUCAAUAUUAAUUCUAAUCCACUUGUUUGGCUGUUUGUAGCCUUAAUUUUCUUUCUCCGAGUUACGUAAGGAGGUUAUAAGAAUUGAUUUGGUCGAGAAUAAGAAUUUGGGUGAUUCUAGGAAAGCAUGUUUCUAGAAUCUCAAAAGGAGCUGUCUCUGGAGAGAUGCAUCAUAUUUAUCAGGUAGCGCUACAGGAGAGUUCGACAGCGGCCACUGAGCAAAUGGGCAGCGGAGACCCGGCCCUCGGCUGGGCACGUUCCAGACUGCGGAGGUUGCGGCCAGGGCCUACCACAGAGCAGCCAUUGAGUUCCGUGGAGAUAACGCAGAGUUCAAUUUCCCAUCAUCAGAGUACGUACAGAGGCAGAGCAGAGAAGAUGAACAAGAACAGAGGCAAAUGCAAGUGGGAAAUCAGAACUAAGCAGAGCUCAAUAACCCAGGGCUGUCCACCUCUAAACCAGCUGCCUGAGACGGAGAUGGAGAAUGACGGUGUUGUGGCCUGUGGCUUUUUGUCACAGAGGAAAAGGGAAAACGUCAGAAACUCUUUGGGAAGUGAAGGCCCUUUUCCGGAGCAAAAGGCUUGCGUUGACUGCUUUUUUGUGCUUUCAAGCAGAACACAGCUAAGGUUCGCCAUAGGGGAGGGAGAGAUUGGAUUGGAUUGUCGCUGCUCACUGCCUGUCGCUGCCCACUGCCACUGCUGCUGCUCACUGCUCAGUCAUUUGCUACUGCUCACUACUCAAGGGCUUGCUAGAGUUGCUGCUGCGUUGUUGCAGUUGCUGCUGAUUGAUGACUCCUUUCCCUGGAAGACCAUUCUAUGGUGGGAUCAUUCACUAGAACUGUUCUCUUGGGAUACAUACGACCUCCUCUUUGAUGGUUAUGUUUUGAGGAAUUACUGUAAUGCUGUGAGGACAUAUUCUUUUGCUGUGAAGAAUGAUUCUUCAAGGAAGAACUUCGUCUUUUGGCUACUGCCGGUGCUGCCACUGCCGUUUUGGAAAUCGGUCUUCUUACUAGUAUUGGAAAAUGCACUUAGGGAUGAACUAUUGGCAACAACAUUCUGUGCUGAAGCUCCUGCAAUUGUCGAUCUAUAUGGUGUUGAAGAUGUGGCUCAGGGAACUUGUUGCUAGAUAAUGGCUGAGAUUAACAGAAGGCACCUGGUUAAACUGAGAAGGAAUUGUACGUUCUGCUUGUUGCUGCAAUGGCAUGGACAGAGGGCAGGGGGCCGGGAGCGGGGAGACUAGAGCACAAGAGAUCAUAAAAGUAUCUAUUAAUAUAAUUAGGGGAAGAUCGAGGCAGGGGGGAGGGCGAGUUCUGAAAAUCUGUGUUACUGUUUUUUCAGUAUGAUUCUCAGAAAAAUAAAAUUCAAUUCAUGUU